GUGUCACUCUCUCUCUGUCACAGUCACCGAUUGCCACACAUCAGUAAAAUGCCUGAAGCUGAAGUGCUGUACUCCGAUGUUAAGUUCACAAAAAAGAAGGGAAACCCCACUGAGACCACUUCCUCAUUGGCGGAACCCACUUACUCUGAAGUCAGGAUCGCAAAAACCGAGCCGUCCACAGAGCUGCCUGGUUCCCUACAAGUGGUGUCACAUGAAGGGUCAAAGGUCAAAUCACAGAAAGUUCCCCUGCUGAUUCUCUGUGUUCUCUUGGCAGCUGUGGUCAUCGCUCUUUGUUACGUCUCUCAUGACAACAUUCAAACCAGGAGAAGUUUCAACAAACUGAAAGACGAGAAUGAAGCUUUGAAGAAAAAUUUAACAAAGAGACUCCCUGAAAACAUAGUGCCUCCUUCUGGUCCACAAACUCCUGAACCAGAACCAACUCUCUUCAAAGGUGAUUCAUGCCUGAAAUGUGACGCAGGCUGGGAGAGACAUUUAGGAAAGUGCUAUUAUUUCUCCAACACAUAUUUAUCCUGGGAAGAGAGCAGACGUUUGUGCCAAAGCCGAGGAGGAGACCUGGUGAAGAUAGACAGCGAGGAGGAGCAGGAAUUCUUGGAGGAGAAAGUGAAAAACAAAAUGACAUUUUAUGAGGACAAGUUCUGGAUCGGACUGACUGACUCAAAGGAAGAGAACAAAUGGAUUUGGGUGGACGGUUCAACACUGAGCACAAGUUUGUCUUUCUGGUUUGGACAUGAGCCGGACGAUUGGAAUGGGACAAAUCCUGAAGGAGAGGACUGUGCGAGGAUGGGAGAGAAACAAGAAGCCAAAGUGCUAAACUGCUGGUUUGAUAAAUCCUGCAACAUUCCUCAUAGAAGUAUUUGUGAGAAACCAGAACAAACUGGACGUCGUCAGGAUGUGUGUGUCGUAACAGGUGAAGCUUUGGCCUCUCAACAACCUGCAGUGUCACAUGGAAGGUCAAAGGUCAGAUUAGAGAGAGUGGCCCUGCUGUUUCUCGCUGCUCUUUUGGGUGCAGCUAUCACGGUUAUCUAUCGUCUCUCUGAGGACAUUGAAACCAAGAGAAGUCUCAAAAAUCUGGAAGAUGAGUAUGAAACUUUGAAGAAAAAUUUAACAGAGACGCUCUCUAAAAUGAUGGUGCCACCUUCUUGCCCACAAACUCCUGAACCAGAACCAACUCUCUUCAAAGGUGAUUCUUGCCUGAAAUGUGACGCAGGCUGGGAGCAAGGUUUAGGAAAGUGCUAUUAUUUCUCCAACACAUAUUCAUCCUUGGAAGAGAGCAGACGUUCUUGCCAAACACUAGGAGGAGACCUGGUGAAGAUAGACAGCAUGGAGGAGCAGGAAUUCUUAGAGAAGAAAGUGAAAAACAAAAUGAGGUAUAAUGAGGACAAGUUCUGGAUCGGACUGACAGACUCAAAGGAAGAGAGCAAAUGGAUUUGGGCGGACGGUUCACCACUGACCACAAGUUUGUCUUUCUGGUUCAAAGGUGAGCCGAACAAUUUAAAAACGGAAGACCCUGCAGGAGAGCACUGUGUGAGGAUGGGAAAGAAAGAAGGAGCCAAAGACCUGAAGUGCUGGUUUGACAGAUCCUGCAACAUGCCUCAAAGAAGUAUUUGUGAGAAACCAGCACAAACUGGACGUCGCCAGGAUGUGUGUGUCUGAAAUCCAGUUGAGCUCAGACUUCUCAGACUUAUCACAGUUUUUAUCAGCUGCUUUGGCACAAUUGUCAAAUAAAAAUAAUGAUUCUCAAAACACAGUGUGCUAUUCUCAAAUCUGCAGUUCAUUUUCUCACAGCAGUGUUCACAUUUCUUGUUUGUCAGUUUAAAUAUAUGAGCCCAAAUAUGUUCAUAUGAUCCAGUGAUGCUCUGAGUUAGUCUCUCUACUCUCUGUCAGACAUGUAAAUCAAAAUGUUCAUUAUGUUCAGUAAACUGUCCAAACCUUUCAAACAUUAAUGUGUUGUAUAUUUCAAAAAAUAUAAUAAAAGAUGAACAUUUCA